AUGACCCGACUUUCGUCUCUUGUUGCGCUGAGCGCAGCCGCUGCGGCAGUGGCACUGCAGCUUCCGCUGCAACGGCCGAUCAAGGACGCCCUCGCCAACCCAGCCGACGACCCAAGACACCCAAGACCGCUGGUCACUUCGCAUCUCCUGCAGGACACCAUCGACCAGCGCAGGCUGCGGGAGCGCGCGGAACAGCUGUAUGCACUUGCCCAGAAGUCGGAGGACGAGUUCAACCACCCUACUCGCGUCAUUGGGUCGGCCGGACACCGUGCCACGCUCGAGUAUAUCAAAUCGGAGCUCACCUCUCUCGGGAGCUACUACAAUGUUUCGGAACAGGAGUUCGACGCCUACACAGGCAGGGUUGCGGAAUUCCGUCUCGUCGUCAUGGAUGCAGUGCCCAACACGACCACGGCUUUCGCGCUCACACCACCGACUACGAAUAACGAGCCCGUUUUUGGAGAGGUGGUUCUCGUCCACGGCACGGGCUGCCACGAGUCCGAUUAUCCCCGCAAGGCCAGGAGCAAUAUUGUGCUGAUAAAGAGGGGUGACUGUGCCUUUGGCGAAAAGUCGCGGCUUGCCGGGGAAGCUGGCGCCGUUGCGGCCGUCAUCUACAAUACCGACAAGGACGAACUACACGGCACCCUGGGCAAGCCCUCGGCCCAUCACGUCGCCACCUUUGGCGUCGGCGGAAAGGAAGCUGCCGACUGGGUAGAAUACCUGUCGCGCGGGAAGAUCAUCCACGGAUCCGCGUACAUGGACGCCAGUGUUGAGACGAUUGCGACCAAGAACAUCAUUGCCCAAACCGUCACCGGCGACAGGGACAACUGCGUCAUGCUGGGUGGCCACAGCGACUCGGUCGAGGAGGGCCCGGGCAUCAACGACGACGGCUCUGGCUCCCUCUCUCUUGUCGAAGUCGCCUCCCAGCUUACCAAGUUCCGGGUCGCAAACUGCGUCCGCUUCGCCUGGUGGUCAGCCGAGGAGGAGGGGCUGCUGGGCUCCGAACAUUACGUCGGGUCCCUCUCCCACGAGGACAAUCUCCAGAUCAGACUGUUCAUGGACUACGACACGAUGGCUAGUCCCAACUUUGCCUACCAGAUCUACAAUGCGACUGACGCGGAGAACCCGGCCGGGUCGGAGUCUCUGAGAGACCUGUACGCGGACUGGUACACCAACAGUGGACUGCACUACACCUUUAUCGAGUUUGACGGGCGUUCAGACUACGACCCUUUCGUGAGGGCUGGCAUCCCGGCCGGGGGCAUUGCUACGGGCGCCGAGGGCAUCAAGACGACGCAGGAACUGGAGCUCUUUGGGGGCGUGGAAGGAGAGUGGUAUGACAAAAAUUACCAUCAAAUUGGCGAUGAUGUGAGCAACCUGAACAUGACGGCUUGGGAGGUAAAUACCAAGCUCAUUGCUCAUUCUGUCGCGACGUAUGCGGCUUCGUUCAAGGACUUUCCUGAAAGAAUGGAAGUCUCUCACACGGUUGUCAAGCCUCGCCGCAAAUGCAAUGCACGCACCGCGCGGUUCUGUCGCGCAUAG